AUGUUAAAGUGCUGGAAAUACGAAAGGGCCAGCCGGCCACACUUUGUGAAGCUCUACCGAACAAUGGAUACAUAUAUUAAAACGAAGGUUUGCCAUACAGCGUCUAAUUUAGAAUAUACUUCAGCAAUUGAAAUUGGUGUCCUACCAAGUCAAUUGCGAAUUUCUUUGUUCGUCAAUAAUGUGAUGUCAAAACGCAUUAACUACCCAGCCGCUAACAAUUUGUAAUUCAGUUUCAUUAUGAACCAAUGUUAUUUUUAAACAUACGCAAGUGUGGUUACGUCAUGUCAGUCUGGAUCAUCCUUAUUUUCCCUCUGUUGUCUACACACAAGAAAGAACGGAACAGAUCUUAAAAUUACACUUUUGGAAAACUUUGACAGAAAGGAAGACCUUACCUGACUUUUAUUCUUAUCAAUUCAUGCAAGUACUAAUGGUUCUUGUCUUUGUGAUUGAUAUCUGAUCUGCUAUUUUUUUUCUUUUUAGUGACUCAUUUUUGUAAUUUCUUUAUUGAAUUUUUGAAAUUCAUUCGUUGAAGAUUUUUUAACUCAUGCAGUUCCUGAUUACCUUCUAAUCUUUUUCAUAGACAUAUGUAGAUAUCUUUGACGAUGACAAGUAUGAUGAGGAUAAGUACAACUUUGUCGAUGACCGUGGAGCUCUUGCAAACCCAGAAGAUGCAGGACCGGACGAGCUAGGAGUUGCUGCAGCAAAUCCCAUCGGUGAAGUGAGUGAACACGGUGCUACGGCACAUCCCUUUCUGGUUGCAGUGGACGAUGAUGCUACAGCAUUCCCUCUCGGAAUUAACGUAGGAGACGAAGGAGCACCUGCAACAGAUCCCGACCGUGAAGUGGGUGAACACGGUGCUACGACACAUUCUUUUGUGAUUGCAAUAGACGAUGGUGCUCAAGCUUUCCCUUUCGCUAUUAACGUACAAGAUACAGGGGCAGCUGCAGCAAAUCUCGCUCAUGAAGUGGGUAAGCACGGUGCUGCUGGACAUUCCUUUGUGGUUGCAAUUGACGAUGUUGCUACAGCUUUCCCCUUCGCUGUUAACUUACAAGACAAAGGGGCAGCUGCAGCAAAUCUCGCCCAUGAAGUGGGUAAGCACGGUGCUGCUGCACAUCCCUUUGUGGUUGCAAUUGACGAUGGUGCUACAGCUUUCCCCUUCGCUAUUAACUUACAAGACAAAGGGGCAGCCGCAGGAAAUCUCGCCCGUGAAGUGGGUAAGUACGGUGCUACGGCACAUCCCUCUAUGGUUGGAAUUGACGAUGGUGCUACAGCUUUCCCUCUCGGAAUCAAAGUAGGAGAAGAAGGUUGCAUAGUAUACCCUUUUGAGAGUGAUAAGAAAGAUAUUGACACCCCAGCGUACCCUUUGACACUUUACCAUACCAUUGCACUCGAUCAUAUCUUUAUCGCAUGCUAGACUGCGCAAUAUAAGAAAUAAACAUUAUUAUACCUUAGCGAGAACGAGGAAGAAGAUGUUGAUGACUCAAAGUGCCCUCUUGCGAUUGAGGGAGAAGAAAUUGAUCCUUCACCAUCCUCCCUGGUGAUGGACCAAAACGGUCUAGAUGCUUCA